AUGGGAUUGCUGGUCGUGGGUACUCCUCUCUCAUGGGAAGAAUCGAAAAAAUACUUUGAUCAUGUUCGUGAAAAUGGCAUUGAACAGUUCAUCCACAUGUACGAGAAUGGUUUGAAAAAGACGAACGACAUUCUCCUUUGGGGUGAUGAAAUUGAGUACAUUGUCCUGUCUGUGGACGAAGAUCAUAAAAUCGCUCGCGUCUCCUUGCGUCAGGAAGACAUUCUUGAAGCUUUAGAGGAACACGAGAAGAGCGGCUUUGCCGUAGAUGCUUCGUCUCUCAUCAGCGGCAUGCACAAUUCCGUCCCCAUUAAGCCAGAAGAAUUGCGUGAGUUGUUCCACGAACAAGUCAACGAAAACAAAACCCCCGACUUAAAGAAGCCUUUCCGUGCUGAAUAUGUUACGCCUACCUUCCACCCGGAAUACGGCCGUUACAUGGUGGAAAGCACUCCUGGAGCACCAUAUGGUUCUACCUUGGAGGACUUGCUGAACGUUGAAGCAAACAUGCUGAUGCGACGCAUUAUCAUUCAGCAGCACUUGGCGAAAAACGAGUUCCCAGUAACUUUGACCAACUUCCCCCUGUUGGGAGCAAAAGACUUCACUGACCCUCCUACUACGGCGAAUGGACCCAUCUCACGUUCGUUUUUCUUGCCGGACGAGGUCAUUAAUAGUCAUGUCCGGUUCCCAACACUGACUGCGAAUAUUCGUACGCGCAGACGUCGCAAGGUCGCUAUGAAUGUCCCUAUCUAUGUUGAUAAGAACACACCUCAACCCUUUCACGACAAUACUAUUCCUUGGGACCGCGAUUUGUUCCCCGAGGAUGUGAAUGCCCGUGAAGGUGCCGCGUUAGAUAAUCACAUUUACAUGGACAGUAUGGGUUUUGGUAUGGGGUGUUGUUGUCUCCAACUUACCUUCCAAACGACUGGCGUUGAUGAAGCUAGAAAACUGUAUGACCAGCUCACACCUAUCGCUCCUCUCAUGAUGGCACUCUCCGCGGCCACUCCCGUCUUCCGUGGCUUUUUGGCCGAGCAAGAUUGUCGUUGGAAUGUGAUUGCAGGUGCGGUGGACGACCGUACGGAGGAGGAGCUCAAAACCGUUCCUAAAUCGCGUUACGACUCUGUUGAUUGUUACAUCGCCAACGAUCCACGUAACCUUUCAGAGUAUUCCGAUGUGCCGUUGGUGAUGAACGAUCGCUGCUACAAGCAGUUGAGGGACGCUGGCAUUGACGAAAAGUUGGCUCGUCAUGUUGCCCACAUUUUCUUCCGUGACCCGCUUGUCAUUUUUAGUGACAGUAUUCACCAAGACAAUACCAAAUCGAAUGGUUUUUUCGAGAACCUGAACUCUACAAAUUGGCAGAGUAUUCGUUUCAAGCCCCCUCCACCUCAAAGCAACAUUGGCUGGCGUGUCGAGUUCCGUUCGCUUGAAGUGCAGCUCACGGACUUUGAGAAUGCAGCCUAUGCUGUCUUUGUUGUCCUGUUGUCUCGAGCCAUUCUUUCGUUUAAACUCAACUUCUACAUGCCAAUCUCGUUGGUCGAUGAGAACAUGAAGCGUGCUCAUGCCCGCGAUGCUAUUCACCGCCACAAGUUCUGGUUCCGCAGAAACCCGUUCCCUUCCAGUGCGGACACUGCUACUUCUAGUAGCCGGGAUCAAUUUGCAGAGUACACUUUGGACGAGCUUUUCAACGGUUCAGACGAGAAUGGCUCCUUCCCUGGUUUUGUGCGCAUUGUCCGUAGCUACUUGCAUUCUUGCAAUCCCAAGGCGAGUGUUCUCUACCGUCUUGAACGCUACAUCCAACUCAUUUCACAAAGAGCUUCUGGUGAAUGCAUGACAGCUGCCACAUGGAUCCGUCGUUUCUUUAUGAACCAUCCCGAGUACAAGCACGACAGUGUUGUGACGCAAAAAAUGACCUACGAUCUGGUAAAGAAGGUCUUGGACUUGGAGUCCGGCGGUUUCGAUUCAGACCUUUUAGGAAAAACAAAUGCUUAG